GUUUGUCUGUCUGUGUUGCCAGUCUCCACCCAAGAAGUUCAGUUAAAGUUCAAGAUUUUUUUUUAACCGUGUAUCCUUCAACCAUUUGAUUUAAUCGGCGUCUUGAUUUUCAUGCAGGGGUGGGUCUAGUUUUUUGUGGCUGAGAUCGAUGCCUCCCUCUUGGAGUCUGUUUUUUUUUUUCAGCCUCUUUCCUAGCUCGUUUUACUCCUUGGUGUCAGCAGGAUCACACUCGCGAAUUAGGCGCUUCAAAAUUUUGGAAUAACACUAUCGCUAGCAGUUUUUGCUUUCUUUGGAGUCAUACUGAGGCCAAUUUAGAGCAACACACACAAAACAAAGACACCUGCAAUGUGUGAAACACGGAACCGAUGUUGCUCGCCUUCCGCAGCCAUGAAUUUCACUUACUGCUGCCUUGGUCUGGAACACAGCCCCCGUGAUGGAGGGGGGCUCAUCGUAGUUAGCUGUGGAGAACACCACCUAGCAAGCAAAGUGGGUGCACUGAUGAGGGGAGGUGUGUGUGUGUGUGCAUGUGUGCGUGCAUGUGUGUGUGUUAUUUUUGUGCGCGUAAUUCGAGGGGACUGGUGAGAGGUUUGGUUUGCCGUGUAGUUGAUCCGCUUAGAUGACGAGUGUUUCAACCUGAUAUGUUAAUGGGUGGAGUCUAUUUGCCUUAUUUUUGAUGGUACGUUGUUUGACUUGGACUGUGCUGAUGAGCAAGUGUGUUUAUGUUAGCUUCCAGGCCUGCUCCGCCUGCUCGCGAUAUGAAACGCGUCUGCAUGCACAAUUAACAACGACGAGGUGAACGCGGUGCGGCACUCCAUCCCUCCACCCUGGCGUGUGUUUUUCUGUCGGGGCAACGCGAAUGGGUUUGCGCACCUCCCCCAAACGCGCAGCCCUACCGGGUGCGUCGUUAUAUUUCACGCGCAGGACUGCUUUAAGGUCACCUUUUGUGUUGGGGUGUGCUUGUGGCAAAAGAAGAUAAAUCCCGUCUCAAAGCGCCUGUGAAGCUUAUGCGAUGAAAGCGACCAAGGCGCCGAGAGAGGAGUGCAACUGUGUGGCGGCUCGCCACAUUCUGAAGCAUCCAGCUGAACAAUCAGAUUUUCUCCUCUCUUGCUUCUUGCCGUCGUCUCCACUCUCUGGCUUAUUGAUGUACGCUUAUAGACCGGAAUCUGCUGUCUAGAAAGGUCAUCACCGCGACGUUUUAGCCCAGGAAAAUGCUCGCGGUGUACGCAAAUGUUGCCCGAGAGGCUCGACGGCCUCGCCGAGUUGUGAGGCGUGCGCAGCCCACGGCAGUCAAUUACGCACACGUCGGCCUCUUUCAGCAGGAGGGAAAGCUCAUUACGGAGCUCACCUCGUUGUACCAGUGUGUGCAACGUACCAUGUUGCAUUGCAUUACACUGCGUCGACCUGUCCAGUUUGUGUGUGUGUGUGCGUGUGUGUGUGUGCGUGUGUGUGCGUGUGUGUGUGCGUGUGCGCAAAUUGCCCGUUUCAGACAUGAAUAAUGGCAACGCGCGUCUGGUGGCGCUUCCUGGGGCCGCUUGCAAGCCGGGGUAUUGUGCGGGAGGCGGCAGGCUCGUACAGCACAGAAAAACACACACUGACAGACUGAGCUGAGAGCUUCGUCUCCUGGUGACUCCGUCUCCUCGUCUUCCUCUUCUGUUGUGAAGCUGGAUGAAGAUUUGGAGCUUGAAACUGCAAUUGAAUUCCUUAUACCAGCAUCAGUGCAAUGGAAUCGGGAUCGAACUGUGCCAAUUAAGUGAUUGAACUACCAUCUAUCGACCUAUUGAUUCUUUUUUUGAUACCAUGAAAGUAUACAAAAUGUCUCAUGAGUGUCUUAUGUCCCCUGCCCCAUUUCUCCAUGUUUUCAGAACCCUCACCUCCUCUUUACCAACAACUCCCCCACCCCGUUCUGCUUUCAGACUGUGGUAGCGAUGCAGUCCUUCCGUGAGCGCGCCGGUGGUUACCACAGCAACCAACCCUGCUACCAGCAGGAGCCCCACGAAUUAUCACGCCUGGAGACGUACCGACAACACCCACAUCAUGCCCACCCUCAGCUACCCCACCCGGGGCCUGGUCCGCAUCCAGGCCCGGGCCCGGGGCUGUCACGGUCAGCCUAUGACGCCCGCUCACUGGUGAACGCUACAAGCAUGUCUGCAGCUGCAGGAGCAGGAACCGCAGGAGCACCUAAGGACUGUUAUAGCCAGCCAGCCUACCCUGGUUUCCCGGUCAACGGCGGCGGGAACGGAAACGGAGGCUCAGCACCCUCGCAGGCAAAGAAGAAAGUCCCCAAAUUCCCUCCACCAAGUUCCGGCCAACCUCUACAAGGUCACGGUGGUUACAGUAACCACAUGGGCCCCGGGACUUACUCAGCCCAGUACAUGAGCGGGGGCCACCUCCAGCACAAAUGGGAAGACCCGGCUCAGUUGUCGUCGUAUGAGCACGAGAUGGUCGGGCGACUCGAGGCUGGAGGUCCACCCGCCCCUAACUCCUCACAGUACAUGGACCAGAACAUGCUGGGCCACUCCCAGACCCAGUGCCCCCAGCCAUCUUAUCCCAGCCCUCAUCAGCAGUCACACCAAAGUAACCCUUCACCGUUGAUGUACCCACAAAGUCACCUGCACUAUCCCCAACCUUCCCCCUCUCCUUCACCAUACAUAGAAAAGUGCAGCCCCAUGCCGCCAUGUUAUAAAAGUUACAGCGUGCCGCCGAGCUCGCAAUACGGCAGACAAAUGAGCGGCCUCGGUAACCUGAAGCAAGGAGCCUACCGGGCAUCUCAGAACAGCUACAGCUACCAACACCCCAGAGGUUAUGAGCCACAGCCCCCUCUGCAAGCCAUGAACAACCCACAGGAAGCCCACCCCAACCCCAAAUACCAGCACUUCAGCCAACCGCAAGCAAACUACUGUCUCUCAGAACUGUCUGUCAGGUCACCCGAGCAGUAUUAUCAAACUUGCAGUCCCUCUUCGAGCCACUCACCCGCACGCUCGCUGGGACGCUCACCUUCAUACAGCUCCACCCCGUCGCCGCUGAUGACCAAUCCCGAAUCAUUCCAGUACGGCCAACCGCCCAUCACCCCGGGGGCGGCCUUGUCCUCGUCGUCUUCCUCGACGGGCCACCAAGAGCACGGCGCGUCCAACGCCAUGCUGUUGCCCCCACGCUCACACCCGUCCCCCAGCGUGCCCCACGCGGCAGCCCACAGCUUCACCAACGCUCUUCCAGGACCGAGCGUGAAAGAGCGCUUCUCCGAGAAACUGCUGUCCAACCCCAGCUUGUGGAGCCUGAAUGCCCUCACCUCUCAGGUUGAGAACAUAUCCAACAACGUCCAACAGUUGCUGCUUUCCGAGACUCUGGUGGCCAACAAGAAAGCCUCGAAACGGAACAGUGGUGGAAGCAGCAGCAGUUCUGGCAGCGCGGCGUCCUUGAAAAAGGGCGAGGGCUACAAAAGUCCAUAUUCAGAAAGUGCCGGUAGUUUAAGCGGCGGCCCAGCGCAGGACCUUUACUCGAACGUGCAGCACUCGCGGAUGCCAAUGGAACUGCACGAGGGGGGCUACUCCAGCAGUAGUGAUGAGCAACUGGAGAGGAGCUUCUACUACAGAAACCAGGGCAGGAGUCCAGCUCAGCCUGCCAACAACUCCCACAUCAACGUGGACACAAUGUCGUCCUGUUCCAUGACAUCUCCGGAUGACGUGUCCACCAGGUCUGGAGACUCAGGAUUGCACAACUUCACUCCCGACCCAAUUCGAUGUCAGUCGAUGCAGGAAGACGGCGCUCCCGUGAAGAGCCUCGCUGAGGGGAGCAUUACAGUUCCCAGUCCCGUUAAACCCGACACCGACUCAUCUUCCGACAUACAGCGGAUCAGCCAGCCCGUUAAAGAAAACUUUGAGGAAUCGGCGUGGACGGAGAAAUCAGCUGAGCAAGAAGUGGAGACUCGGCCCAAAACACCUGACUAUGAAAUAGAUGCCUGUGUCGCCAAACUGACAGAGAAACGAGAGAAAUGGUCAGAUGAGGGCAAAUGUUCUUUUCUGUACAACCAAGUCAACAAAAACAAAGACUUUUGCUAUGCCGAGACGCCGUAUGAAGCGGUUCGGAGGAAAUAUGAGCCGGAUUCACUCGAACAGUCCCCAGCCGCCUGCUCUGACUCGAGCCACCAUUUUGGCCAAGAGAUAAAAGAAGCAUACAAAUCCGAGUCAUCAAUUGCUUCCGAGAGCUCCUUGAAAACGUUGCCUUUCCAUCCUGCAAGUGACCUUGAACAGGAUCAAUAUUCCACAGAGAAGGAGGACAGUUCAGACAACACCCCUCAAAGUGAGGCCUUGGAGGAGGACAACUCCAGAAAGACAGAGAGCAAACAGUCGCUUGAGAAAGACCAACAGGAGGAGGAAAACCGUGGACCCGAAGCAGACUUUGAUGGACCAACGCAAUGUGCUCUUUCCCCACCCAUGUCUGAUGAGGUGAGAAACGAACCAGUGGAGGAGGAGAACAGCGGCCAGUCAGUGAAUUCUGACAUCAUGAAGAACAGACACGGCGCUGAGAAGCCUUCUGCCGACCUUUGCGCCAGGACAGAGAAAAGAGCAGAGUUCCACGGCGACCAUGAGCUCGCGGGAGUGCCCGCGCAUCCAAAUGUGGCCACAGCCCCGGAUGCUUCUUCCAGAGAAUCGGCCAUCGGCGACACGGCACCGCAGCCACAGUCUGCUAUGCCCGUCUUCUCGGCCCUCAACGACAAGACAACGGCAACUCCAGCCCAGUCCAGGGAUCACAUGGAUCACAGCGACGCUAAAGUGCUGGAGCCCGACUCUCCUCAGUUGCCUGGCAAGUCGAUUCUUCCGUCAGCCCCCUCCUGGGCGGACACACCGCCCUCCCCAAAGAAAGGCGAUGAGGACAUGGAGCCAGGCCUCAGCUGCUCCAGCGCCGUGACCCCUUUGGCCAAGCCAGAGCCCGUGGCCCCGUCUGCUCAGCCCAGAGCGUUUGGGCGCAAGCAUACAAGGGGGAGAAGGAAAACCAUGCUUUCAGGGGUGGCCAUCAGGCGACAGCUAAGCUUGGAACGGGACCAAGAGAAGGAGCGAGAAGGGGAGCCCCUGGCCUCUGAAAACGCCUGCAGGCCUUCUGCCAAAAUGAUGCUGUUCCCAGACCAAACUGAGCUUGCGCACCAGGAAUCAAUCGUGAGCCAGACAAGCACAAUGUUAGCCGAAGGACUGAGUUCAAGAAUGUGCACCCGCUCUUUCAAUGCAGCAGACUUCCCACCCAAAGGCGAGGAUCAUUUGAAGAGGAAACCAGGCCCAAAACCUGGACCCAAACCAGCACUGAAAAAUGGAUCCAAGCAAGGGCCAAAACCGGCAGCCAAACCAGGCCCUAAACUCGCCCUAAAGCCUGGCCCAAAAGCAGGACUCAAAUCAGGACUAAAGGAUGUGCCAAGUACACCAGAUCCGGCAGAAAAAAUAGAGUCUCCGGGGAAACGAAAAGCAGGCUUAAAACCUGGGCCCAAACCUAUUUCAAAGCCUGGAUUCGAAUCUGAAGAGGCUUUGCCGACCGUCAAAGCCCCCGUCGGUCGCCCCAAAGGCUCAGUUUCCAGAGCCAAGCAGACGCGACAGGAAGAAAUCAUUUUGACAGAGCCACAAGGCAGGGGCAGGAAAAAUAUCAAGGCCACACUAUCACAAAUAAACCAGGAUAUAAAAGUCAUCAACCGUGACCAAAAGUCACCGGAUGACAUAAAAGCACAGGAAAAUGACACUAAAAAUAUGACUUUAAGGUCAAGAAAGCCCCCACAGGCCAAAGAAAAGGAGAAAAACCUACACGAGGACGUUGUAACAACCCAAAGUGGCACAAUUGAAUGUUCUGAGAAAGAGGAAGUGCAGCCAACUCCACAUAUGGUGAAAAAGACGACAACAAAAGCUCCUGCAUUGCUUCCAGCUGAAAAUAGUGAAGAGUUGCUUCCACUCACAUAUCAGUCAGCCAUGGAUCCCUCUUUGGUGCCACUCAAGAAAAAGAGGGGUCCCAAGCCUAAAGCCAAAGCACUCCAACCGCCUGAGCAGGUUGUCUCCGCACCUCAAGAGGGUCCCAGAAGAAAGAGAGGGCCAACCACCACAGAGCCCGCGCUCCCGUACCCAACCAAACAUAUUCCCGAAAGCGAUCAAGGGGACGUACCAGCGCUGCCUGCGCAGUGCCCCGCUCGAACAAAAGUUCUUCCUCCACGUAAGGGCAGAGGGCUGAAAUACGAGGCCAUGGUGCAGAAGAUCACCUCGCCGAGCUCCAAGAAGUAUCUCCAAACUCCUCAGACGGACGUCAAUCUCAACGACGACGCAACGACCAAGGACUUUGCUCCCCAUGCUGUCGUCCAGACGGCUAUUCCUGUCAACGGCACUGAAAUGAUGGAAAGUGAAGUGAAAAGCAGACAGGCGGUUGCCAAACACCUCGACGGCAUUGCCAGGAAGGAGGUCAAACGAGAAAGUGACAUGCAGGAGAUAAGUGGAGAAACACAAGAGUGGAGGCAAGAAGAGGAUGCCAAUGACCAAGGGCCAAUGUGCAACGUCCAAAGGGCAAUGGGGGCUCAGGUAGACCUCGGUCCUCGAGGAGAUUGGACCCAACAGGCAAAAGCACUUGAUUUACCCCCACCCAAGUUCUCCAAGCGGAAGCGAUGGGCCAUGGUGGAGAGCACAGAUGCCUCCGUCGUAGCUUUGGAAGCAAGUGAGCUCAUCGUGACCGCCCCGAGAGCUGCCAAGCAGAGGGCCAUUAAAAAUAACCACGAGAUGCACCUGAAGCAGAAGAGGAAACGAAAAGCUCAGCCUGAAGAAACCCAAACAGCAAAGGAGAUCAAAGUGGAACCCACGGAGCAACAAGACGCGAUGGCAGAGGAGACCACCAUGCCUUCGGAGGAGCCCCGACUGCCAAUUGCUCCCGAUGAUAUCAAAGAAUGCCCCGAGGUGGGCGGCACAGAAGUCCUCCAGAAAUCCAAAAGGGGAAGAAAACCAUUCGCCCCCGCGGCUAAGCGCAAACGGGGGAUGGAGGAGACGUCCGACAAGCCGCUCAAAGUGUACAAAAAGCCCGGGCCAAAACCCGGAAUGAAGGACGCCUUGGAGGUCAUCGAGGCCGUCGUGAGGGCUGCCGGCUGCGAAGCGGAAAAGCUCCAGACGCAAACAGACAUGCGUGACGAGGAACACAAAGACGGCGUUGUGGGUCCCGUGCUGACCAUCUCAGACAAGCAGGCCGAGAGCAUUUCUGUCAGGAGAGUCCGAACCAGGCCCAUCCAGCAUCAGCAGUGGCAGCAGCAGCAGCCGCAGUCUUUCUGUCCCUACGUGCGCAUGAACAACUCCAGAGACUUUCCAUUUUGGUGCGCCAUCGUCAACAAGCCAGAGGACGUGCACGUUUUCCAGAGACGAAGAAAGAAGGGAAUUCUCCGGAUGAAGAAUCCUUUCACGGUGGCAAAAGUAGUGCCGCAUACCGCCGCCAUGCUCCAAGGGCCAGCACUCAAUCCGGAUCUAACCGGUAAACGUCUCACCUGCUGCCUGUGCGCAAAACCUUCAAACUAUCGAGAUCUGGGCGAUCUGUGCGGACCGUACUAUGCCGAAGACGGACUCCCUCGGAAACACUUGACCGCCGAGCCCGCCGUCUCCCUCGGGCAAGGGUCAGGGAAUGCCGACCUGGAUGAAGGUAGUGAAGAACCGCGCGCAUCGUCAAAGGCCGUCGAGGAAGUCAAGGAAGGAGACAACGCGCGGGAGAGCCGAAGCGCCAGACGUCGCCGCCGGCCAUACGGACGAGCAGACGGAAAAGACAGAACGGGCCUUCCUCCAAGAAUAAGCCUUCGCGAAAGGUUAAAGAGAAUGAGGCGGCUCCAGGACGGACCUUGCGCAAACCAAGAGGGUUCGCUCCAAAGGCUGCAAGAUGAAGCCGAGGCCAGUGAGCACUGGGCUCAUGAAAACUGCGCCAUCUGGACCAAAGGCGUGAUUGUGCUGGCCGGGCGACUGUACGGACUGAAGGAAGCCGCCGCCAAUUCGGCCCAAACGAGCUGCCACAAGUGCCAGACUGCGGGGGCGUCCCUCACUUGCUGCUGGAGAAGCUGCUCUCGGAAGUACCACUACGCCUGCGCCAAAGAGACAGGCUGCACAUUCCACGAAGAUGACUUCUCCAUCAAAUGCCCCAAACAUGAGGAUUUGUAAGAUAUCCGAUUGGACCACCUCGCAGGAACAAGGCAAAGAUAAACGCUGUCCUAACAGCCAGCUAAGCCUAUAAAAACGGACAAGAUGACGGAGGGGCCCCGCGCCCCGAGGCGGCGCUCCCACACCGGCAUCGAGAGAGAACUCUGAGAGGCGGAAGAGAAAGAUGCUCCUCCAGAGAGCAACUCCUCAAGGACUCGGGCACCCAACGUUUUCUGGACAAGGGGGGCGGGGGGGGGGAGAUCUGCUUGAAAUGCCGAGCAAGGUCUGUCUGUCUGUGAGUGAGUGAGUGAGUGAGUGAGUGAGUGAGUGAGUGAGUGAGUGAGUGAGUGAGUGAGUGAGUGAGUGAGUGAGUGAGUGAGUGAGUGAGUGAGUGAGUGAGUGAGUGCGUCCUUCAGAUGGGUGCCAUCAUCACAGAUGAUAGGUUGCCAUCAUCUCUCCACUUUGUCUGCAGGCCAAAAGGUGUGUGUGAUCUUCCUAAGCGUCACUUUACUGUGCAAUAUCUCCAAGCAGCACAUGUAGGCAGGCAGACAAUAUCAUACGUAUUUCAAUCAUAUUUCUUUAUGCUCUGCGGAGAAUGAUAAGAGCCAGUAAGAGUGCCGCACUGAUGAGCUGAGAGGAGUUGAGACGGAGGCCGCCACAGACAAUUUUCAUUUUCGUUCAAUGGAGGAAGUUCUGAGCUUUUCACAGUGCAAAGUGAGUAUCUCAAGGCACUACUGUACAACACUCUUAUCUUAUAUAUUCAUGUGCAUUAACCACAUCAUCACACCGCCCUUGGGAAACGGUAACAAAAUAGGUGACAAAAAAUGGGUACAACUCUUCCAUUGUUGCCAUCAUCUUUGCAUUGCAAGGCUCCAAGGGUCCAACAAGGGGUCUGUUUGUCUCACAUCUCUUCUGCACAUUUUGAAAUCGUAUUCCUGUGGCCACGAUAUGUGAAUCCAAUUUUUGGGAGAGCCACGGCGCACGUGUGGUCUCGAUGUAGCCUCUGACGCCACGCCGCGUGACGACACGCCGCACGAGGUGUCCGCUCACGUGACGCUCUAGGUGACAUGUCUCGGUGAUGUCUCAGUGCGUAAAAAAAAAAAAAAACACAAAAAAAAAAAAAAAAACGGCGUGCCAAACAUUGAACACCUUUCUGACGGUUUAUUUCAUGGUGUACAGAAGUAUUUGAUGCUGUUUAAAUGUAAAAUGUGCUGUACUAAUAAUAACUGUGUAUAGUAUUUCCUAGAGAUGUUUAUUUUCUAUAAAAUGGAAUACGUUAUUGCUUAUAAAAUAAAUAAUAAAAUCCACCGAUGCA